AUGCCUUCCGCCGGCAUUCUCGGCCUUGAGGUCGAGAUCCUCGCCGACAUCUUUCAGAUUGUGAAUGACGCGUCGCCACGUACCACAUCGGCCAUCGCUCAAGUCAACAAGACGUUCAGUUUUGCAGUCCAGCUCGUCCGCUACCGACGAGAAACUCUCCAUUGGGAUCAAGACCGAUCGAAGUUCGUUGAUGGGUUUGGCCGACCUCUUGAGCAGCUCUUGUCACCGGAUCGGCUGCGUGGACUACGACACCUGACCAUCGCAAAGAGUCGCGCUGUUGAAGAGUUUGAAGACGUGACCGAUUCUCCGGCGACACGACUCUUGAUUGAGUUGCUGCGUGCUUCCAACAACCUCAAGUCACUGACCUACAAGACUGGCAACUAUCCACCGUCGGAUCUGAUUCGUGCUCUACAAAAGAAACAUCCAUGGGCUGAUCUGAAGGUCUACAUUGAUGCGUCGAAAGCUCCGGAACCCAACGAGACCGACCCACAAGAUGUAUGUCUAGCAAAGUCCCGCCUGACUGAGUUGACAAUGGAGAUACCUGCAAGCGUGAGGCGACCAAACCACUACCAGGUGCAGUUCGAGUACAUGGCCAAUGCCGCGAAGCAAUUGAAGUCUGCCAGUCUCACAAUGUUCAACAUUUCAGCAAUAAGGAUGAGAAACUGGCAAGCCGGAUCAGAUGGCUCGACAGGCAGCUACGGCAACACUUCACUUCGUCACCUGUCUCUAGAUGGUUGGCCUCUAUCGGGAGGCACACUGGAGUAUUGGUCUCAAUUCGUAGAUUUGUCACGCCUAGAGACACUCUCCUUCACCCGUGGUCCUUUGCACACUUCAUACUUCACAAAGGCAGCCGACAUGCUGCGAGGUUUGAGAUCUGUGAAUCUCAACCUCAGCCCGUUUACGUGUAACGAGGAAACCGCAGACGCAGCGGAACGCUACAUAGCCACAUGUUCUCCCUUGUCAACUUUGAGUCUAUGGUCUUGGAUGGGCAAGGUCAACCUCGACACGAUCCUCACCCAUCAUGGUUCCACUUUGCAGGAUCUGCAGCUGCAUAUUCGAGAAGAGGAAAUCAUACCAGAAGGUCCGCCGCAGCCAUUGGAAGUUGAGAAGCUUAGAAACAUUCGCAUGUCAUGCCCUAAGCUCUCCAGAUUCACCGUUGACGUGAAGCGUCUGUCAAAGGAUCCGGUUUUGGACGACUACAGAGAGAUAUUCGAUGAGAUCAAGCUGUUCAACUUGGAAUACUUGCAAAUCUACUUUGAUAGCGGAUUGGUGUACAUGGUGAACUUGGAAACCAGAACAGAUGUCGACGACGACGAGGAAGGCGACGGCGACGAUUCUAUUGGUGAAGACGACGAUGAGGACAUCGAUGGCUUGGACGUGGCCCAGGUGGCCCACGAAAUGCCUUCGCCGUACGGAUGCGGUGGUUUGAUGGACUCGAACAACCUCAAAACGACGGACCCUACUGAACAUUUCCCAGCCCUCCAUCCACCUGUCUCAACCGAGAAAAUCUCACCAUUUGUCCAUCAGACCUGGAAGUACGUGUUUGGAGAUCGGACUAUGGGUGAUAGAGUAUUGGAUGUCAAGUUUGGUGAAUGGGAACGAAAGACUCCAAUCGGACACUAUCGAUUUGACGGUCGCCCUCAAAAGGAUUUGAGAGUUUGGUGUCAUGCAGAACCACAUCCUCGGGAUGACAAGAAGGGACAAAGCGAAGUGGUUUUGAAGUGUUGUCAAGGUCAUCAUUUGACAAAGUUCAGCAGUGGUUGA